AUGCCUCCUAAGCCGAAGCGAACGUCUCAAACACGUACGCGAAGUUCUGCAAAGCGGGCACGUGUAACAGAACUGAUCGAAACCCGCCCUGGACCGAGUGAUCAACAACAUCCCGCAACUUCAACAGAGCAGCGUCUCCUGGCCGUCAACAUGCAGGCCCCCUCGGCCUACAUUUCUAGCGCAGUGCAGCUAGCUGUCGCGGAGGCAAUGAAAGCGCAAUGGCCAGCCGCACCCAGCCAGGAGACACAGUCCUCCACGGACCAGUCAGUGGCCAAUAUAGUGAACGCAUCCUUGGCCGAGAUCACCCAAGGUACUCCAUCACGUAGCGAAAACGUUGUCACCUUAGCUGAGCCUGGGUUAGACUCGCCGGCUCCGAAACAAAGUUUUUCUAGCGUGGCUGUUUCUCUUAGCAGUCGGGUGAGUUCCAAAGUCAAGGCCAAAAUCUGGUCCAACGAAUAUCUUGAUUUUGGAACCCUCCUCUCGUUUUCUCCCAAUAAUCAAAAGUAUUCUCUGUCUCUCGCCUCUUCGGAUUGUGAGACCACCCGCCCUCACUUAACUUUAGAACCUAGCCAACCAGCUAAAAAGAUCCAAACUAUCAACUAGUGGCUCCCUGCAUUUAAUAUUUUUGUUGCGAUCUAUUCGGAAAAACUACCCACGGACACACCCAAGCUGAUGAAAUUUUGUGAAAUUGUCCGCGAUAUCGCCUCAAAACCAGGCGACUGGAUGUAUUAUGACGAAAAAUGUCGUUUCAUAAGGCAAUCAGCCCCUGCACAAUACCCAUGGGACGCUAUUCACUGGGAACUUUGGCUAAAGGCUGUGACAAAUUUUCGUCCGAAAACCCAAUUUUCCUCGGACAAGGGACCACUGCGCUCCCGCUCCCAGUCCUUUCCAAGAGGCACAUGCUGGCGUUUCCAUGCGGGGAAGGUGUGCAAUGGGUGCCGUUUCGAACACAUUUGCUACAAGUGUGGCUCAAAACACCCUGCCGCACAGUGUUCCUCCAGCCAACCUAAAACACACCCCGUCAAAGUAG